AUGACACCCUACAGAGCAUCUGCAAAGUAUCUCCACGAUUACUACUCAGUCAAGCUUCCGCUGAUGAAAACAAUUUACAGAGACACUUUUUUGCAAUUGGAUCCCGAUGAAGAGACUGAGCGUUUUCUGCAGUUUUCCACGGAUUUGUGCGGAUCAUCCUGGCGCUAUAAGUAUCUGCUCAACUAUAUAAUGCACAAAAGAAGAUGCACAUCUCCCUGCCAAAGUGGAAAACAGCUGCUGCGCACCGCCGGAUUUAACCUAGCCGCGCACGACUUGCGAAUUUUGGACAUUGGCCAAGGCUCUGGAACUAUUUUGAAGAGUGUGGGGAAGGCGACGCAAACAGGGAAGCUAUUCGCUUUCGACAAAGAUCUCCAUGCUAACGAUGCAGCGGAAAAGCGAGGCAUUAAAAUACUGUCCGAAGAAGACUUCCGCUUGCACACGUCCUUGGAUCACGCCCAUCGAGAAGAAGAGGACAAGUUCGAUUUGGUGAUUCUUUCGAACGUGCUCGAUCGCACAAUUCGUCCAGCCUCCGUACUCGAAGAUGCGCUCUGGCGAACUAAACGGAGCGGCUUCCUUCUCGUUUCCGUCUCUGUUCCCUGGCGGCCUUUCUACGGGUCGAAGCACGUGAGGGGUGGUUACAGCAUGUACAAAGAUCGAACGACGAACAAGCAGCUCAAAGAAAAGCUGGUAGAACAGGCACCAAGUUGCGAGGACAGAAAGUAUCCUUGGUGGAGCCCGCCGAAAAUCCCGGCCAGCUUCGAAGAGGCCGCUCAGGAUAUAUUAAAAGGAGUAACUGGUGGCGGCGAAAGGUUACAGUACGUGAAUAGAAUGUGGAAAUUACUCGAUUAUGCUGAUCGUGUGGGUGUCAGCUCUGUCAGCAAAUUAGAAUUGAAAGCUUGGACCCGUUCACCUUAUUGUUCUGGUUGCGCAAUCACCGAGAGAAUAUAUUCAAAGCGGGUUAAUCUAGCUGAAAGAAACACAAAAUAA